GGACAAUUUUGUCAUGCUGAACUCACGCGAAUCGCCUAAAAGCACGCAUGCGCUUUUAUGGACGGUCUUCUAGAGUGUAUUUAAAAACUGAGGGACUGGGACGGAGAGAGAGAGAGGGCGUGUCAAGUACAGGCUACAUUGCUCAACCUAAUAUAAAACCUCAUCCAAAAAGGUGCGUGCAUUGAGACAAUUUUACACACAGUUUAAACUACACAGUAGCCUAACGUCAACAGUCUCUGAAUCCUUCAUAAGUGUUCCUCAAGUUUUCAAGCCGUAAGUGACCCAAAGCGAGAGACGCACAGUAAAAGAAUGCCAGGCGAACGGUUGACAGCUAGAGAUGGUUCGGAUGUGGGGCGUUUCCAUGGCGUUGCCCCCAGCGUGGAUGAUCCUGCCCGGGACAAGGACGCAGAGUCUAAGCAUGAAGAAGAGGGGGCCUGCAGCAGGUGGUUCCAUAAGAUGUGCCCGUGCUGCUGUCGACGACAGACCUCUGAUGACACCACAGACACAGUGGUGACGGUUGAUGGUGAGAAGCCCCCCCUGCCGACCCCGGACCCCCCCCAGCCCCACGCUGGAGACAAUGAACUGGGCGAGUUGAAGUUUUCCGUCCGCUCAGUGGACCUCCUGAGCACUAAGACUGGUCCAAACCGUCGUGAGCAUCACACUGACCUGUUCCACAGCAGUGAUCUGAUCAUCCGCCGUGGCCAGACCUUCCAGAUGGAGCUGGACCUCACCCGACCCUUCAACCACAACACAGACAAGCUCCACCUGGAUCUCAGAACUGGGCCCCUCCCCCUGGUUUCCAAGGGCACCCACGUCAUCAUCCCAUUGGUGGAAGAGCUGCAGGAUGACUGUUGGGAGGCCAAGAUUGUGGAGCAGAAUGGGAACAGGGUUAAGCUGUCCGUCAACUCAUCACCAAAGGCUGUGAUUGGCCUUUAUGGGCUUGCAGUGACAACGAGCCUGAAGAAUGAAGAGGCAGCCACCACCCAUGACUCCAACAAGCAGAUCGUCAUGCUGUUCAAUCCCUGGUGUGAAGAUGACACAGUGUUCCUGGAUGACGAGUCGGAGAGGAAGGAGUAUGUGCUCAAUGAUACAGGAAGGAUCUACUACGGCACUGAGAACCAGAUAGGCGCUCGCACAUGGAACUUCGGACAGAGUCAAGAAGGAAUCCUGGAGGCCUGUCUCUUUAUCCUGGAGAAGAGUGGCAUGGCCCCCUCCGGCAGAGCAGAUGCAGUCAACGUGGUUCGAGUCAUAUCUGCCAUGAUCAACGCCCAGGAUGACUUUGGGGUUCUGGAAGGGAACUGGUCAGGGGACUAUGCUGACGGAGUUUCCCCAACUGCCUGGAGUGGGAGUGUGGACAUCCUGAGGAAGUACCACAAGGAGGGGGGAAAUCCAGUGAAAUACGGGCAGUGCUGGGUCUUCUCUGGAGUCACAACCACAGUGCUCAGGUGUCUAGGCAUACCAUCCCGCAGUGUGACCAACUUCCAGUCAGCCCACGACACUGAUGUCUCCCUCACAACAGACGUCUUCUUUGAUGAGAACAUGGAGUCACUGGACUUCCUCAACUCUGACUCUGUCUGGAACUUCCAUGUGUGGAAUGACUGUUGGAUGGCCAGACCUGACCUCCCCCCAGGCAUGGGUGGCUGGCAGGCCGUGGACUCCACCCCCCAGGAGACCAGCCAGGGCACCUUCCGCUGUGGGCCCGCCUCCGUCACCGCCAUCCGCACCGGCCAGGUCUACCUCAAGCACGACACGCCCUUCGUCUUUGCUGAGGUGAACAGUGAUAAGAUCUACUGGCAGAGGAACCUAAAUGGCACCUUCACCCAGAUCCACAGCGAGAAGAAAGCCGUGGGACACUGCAUCAGCACCAAGGCCGUGGGAUCCGACGAACGAUACGACAUCACACACCUGUACAAACACGCCGAAGACUCUGAAGAGGAGCGUAUUACCGUGGAGACAGCCAGUCGCUACGGCAGCAAGCCUGACACCUACUCCUCCCCGAGGGCGGAGGAUGUGAGUCUGGUGGUGGAGAUGGAGGGGGAGGGGCCACGCAUGGGAUCUGACGCCAAGCUAAUUAUCAAGGUGAAGAACAUGAGCUCUCAACCACGGAAUACCACCCUCCACAGCCAGGUGGCAGUCAUGUACUACACCGGUGUGCUGAAGGGAACCGUGAAGAAGGAUCAAUUGCCCGUGAAACUUAACCCGAACGAAGAGCAGAGCAUUGAUUGGGUGUUGCCCUACCAGCUUUACCAGGACCAGCUAGUCGACCAGGCUGCCCUGAUGCUGACCUUGUCUGGACGGGUCGCCGAGACUCAGCAGGUGCUGGCUACACAGACCAGCUUCAGACUCCGCACCCCCGACCUCGAGAUCAAGCCUAUUGGAGAAGCCACGGUGGGUAAGACGAUGUCUGCCAAGAUCACGUUCACCAAUCCGCUGCCUCGUACGUUGAAGGGCGUGGUGUUCCGCGUGGAGGGGCUGGGCCUGCAGAAGGGUCACGAGGUCAUCGUGGGUGAUGUGGGAGGCCUGGCCACAGUGACGGUGACUGAGCACUUCAUCCCCAACCAGCCUGGCCUCAAGAAGCUGGUGGCCUCUCUGGACUGCAGACAGCUCACCCAGGUGCAUGGUGUGGCCGACAUCCUCGUGCAGGCCCAGUAACCAGCAAGAGGAGGCAGUCGAUUUGAUGCUGUGUGUCCGUCCGUCCAUCUGUCGGUCUGUGUAGACUGUUCCUCAUAGUGGUAUUAAACCUUUACUUCAGUCCGUGCCUAAAACAAUCAUGACAGGAAGGGUGAUGAUGACAAGGAAAUUGACUUUAGUCUGUACACCAUGACUUGCAUCUGUUGUUUCUGGUGUUUGACAGAACAAUGUGAGUGGUGUAUCGUAGUCUAAGUCAGUGGGGAUUUUAUAAUAAAUCCUCAGAGAAACUUUUAACUGAUUUUGGGUGAAAAAGAAAAUGUGUUUCUAUAGCAACUGGGAACAUGACAUUUGUCGUUUUUGUGCCUUGCUCUAAAACAGAACUGUGCUUUCUUACUGUAAUCCUCUGAAAAAGAAUCAAUGAUUAAUAUUGCUGUUGAUUGUAUUGAUACCUAUUAGCUGUUAUAUUCAACUGUGUUCUUAAAAUGUACAUGUUUUUGAAUGUCUGUAGCCUGACCAAACAUUUGAAGAUAGACUAAUAUGUUGACAAAAUGUUCUUACAUGGCUUAAAUGAAGAUAACCUUAAUUAAGUUUUAUCAAAUAAGACGAAUGCGUACAUAGUAUUUGAAUGUCCUGUUUAUCAGUGUUGUAAGAUUAAGAGUGUCAGUAUUAAGGUGUACUUGUCAAGUGUUCUAAAAUGCUAUCAUAAUUUAUGCAUAAUGGUAAUUUACCAUUGUCUUUUUUAACUUUUCUUUAUUCUUGAUUUAAGAGCAACAUUUAAUAACUUCUAUAAUUAAAAUAGAAUGAGAA